AUGUCCAAUAUCACCAUCCAGCCAGUGACACAUGAUGAGAUUCCCGCAAUCGUGGACUUCAUAACCAAGGCCCGAGCGGACAUGUUCCCGUUUCUCGACCAAUCAUCUAGCGAUCAAAUGGCCCAGAAGGAACUCGACAUCUUCAAGGACAGAUAUCUCGACCAUCCUCAAGGCGCGUUUCUGGCAGCUUAUUCCGACGGGCAUCUGAUUGCGACAAUUGGCUACGUGGCUUACGAUGGGCGCUUCUCGCAUAUCUCUCUCGAAUCCGAGGAUGUAGUAGAGAUACUGAGAUUAUACGUCGAGCCGGAAUGGCGUCGCGCAGGGCUAGCUUCCAGGCUGUUCGACACGCUAGUCGAGACAGCUCGGCGAUCUGGAAUCAAACAGCUUUACCUUCACACGCAUCCGUUCCUACCGAAUGCCAUUGACUUCUGGAAAGGAAAAGAAUUCUCGGUUAUUACCGUAGAUGAAGAUCCAGUCUGGCAAACGACGCAUAUGGAACGAUCGCUCCACCACUGA